AAAAAAAAUCCCCUCCCAUUUCCCCUCUCUCAUCCAAAACCCUAACCCUGAUUUUGAAACUCAAACCCCCAUCCAUGGAUUGCUUAAUCUCAUCCACCCCCAUCCACUUCGAAAAUCUCCUCAUCUCCCCAUUCCGCCCCCCAAUCAAAACCAUAACCCUAAACCCUAGGACCUCCAAAAUCUCAUCUUUGAGGGCUUCGUCCACCUCAAACCCUAACCCUAGCCCUAAUCCUAUCGUCAAAUCCGUCAAAACCGCUGCCUCCGCUGCCAUUGUCCUCUCCGCCGCCUCAGCUUCCUUCCUUUCCGGCCGACUGCCGGCGCGCGCCGACCCGGUCGUCCAAGAAACCGAGUCGGAAGCCGAAACUCGAACCGAAACGAUUGAGUUCAGCUCGGAAACGAUCAACUCUCUCAAAGCCCUAGUUUACCAAAAGCUCGAAGAAGGCGAAGACUCCGAAGCGUUGACCAUCCUCAACCGACUGAUAUCCUACCAGCCUUCAACAGUCGAAUGGAAGUUUCUCGCGGCAAGAAUCCUCAACGAGAUGGGAGAAGCAAAUGAAUCAAGAAAGCUUUACGAAGAGAUUCUCGCAAUCGAUCCCCUUUUGUUCGAAGCUCUCUUCGAGAACGCCGUCCUCAUGGACCGCUGUGGUGAAGGCGAGGCGGUGAUCGAGCGGCUGGAACAGGCGCUUGAGAUUGCAAGGUCGGAGGAGAACGAGAAAUCAGCGAGAGAUGUGAGGUUGAUUAUGGCGCAGAUAAAGUAUCUGCAGAAAAAUGUUGAUGAAGCAUUGGAGGAUUAUGAGGAGUUGAUUAAGGAGGAUUCGAAGGAUUACAGGCCUUACUUUUGCCAAGGAGUGAUUUUGAGCUUGUUGGAGAGGAACAAGGAAGCAAAGGAGAAGUUUGCAAAGUAUAAAGAGCUGGCUCCAGCGAAAUUUGAGGUGGAUGCGUACCUACAGACUUCCUUAUCUCGGGCAAAAAUCAUUGGGACUGAAGAUUGAAGAUUUGAGGUUUGUAGAUUUGGGAAAUAAUUGAAUAAUUGAGAGGGAGGUGAGUUCUCUCUUGCUUGAGGAAUUCCUUUUAGUUUUUGAUUUCCUCUGUUGCUUUUUAAAAUUUUGUAGGAUCUACAUUUACAAAGAUUUACGAGAGAUUAGUAUAAGUUGCUGUAGGAGAUAAAAGGGAGCUGUUAGAAGAUGUCAUACAUUAUGAAGAUGAGUGGUGUUUCAGACCUUUGGAUGAUGAAUAUAUAAGAACGUUUAUGGAAUAA